AUGACUACCAAGUCCCUUUCGGCUCCCCUCAACUUCCCAUUCCCAUCUCCGAAAGCUCACUCUCUUCCUAAAUUCCACCCCAAACUCCAAUUCCCUUGCAAAUUCCCUCUCUUUCCUCUACACCAAAGAAUCCAAUUUAUACCCAGAUGCCAAAACCCCAACAACAACAACAACAACAAUCCAUUACCCUACACCACUCAACAAGAACAAGAGCAAGGUCAAGAAGCAAACUUUACAGAAACCCAAGAAGCCAUUUCUCAGUUUCUUCUAGAAUUCGGAAUCUCAGCAGAGGAAUCCAAUUUCAUAGCUUUGAAUUCUCCAAAAUAUGCUAAGAUGUUGGUUGAUAGUGUGAAGGAUUUGGAAGAGUGGACUUUAUGGACAAAUGGUGGGGAUGGAAAUGAAUUUGCAAACUUGGGUUUUAAAGAGAAGGUGGUUUAUAUGGCAAAAGAGAAAGGUGAUAAUGGUAAAGUUGCUUUCUUGGAGAGUCUUGGAUUAAGCUUGUCUUCUGCUAUGAAUGCUGCUCGGUACCUCUCUGGAGAGUCACUUCCUGAUCUUAUUCACAAGGUUAAUUAUAUGAAGGAAAUGUUCUUUUCUGACAGUGAUGAUAAAAGGCUUGUUGGAAAAUAUGCUCGCUAUAUGAUGAUGAACUUAUCAAUACCUACUGAUGAAGACUUGCAGCAGACCUUGUCACUUUUUGAAAAGGUUGAAGCGAGGCGUGGAGGUUUAGAUAUGUUGGGUUCUUCAGAUGCCACUUUUCGAUGUCUAGUCGAAUCAUUUCCACGUAUUCUUUUGUUGCCAAUAGACACACACUUGAAGCCUAUGGUGGAAUUUCUUGAAAGUAUUGGAGUCCCCAAGGAGCGUAUGGGAAAGAUAUUCCUAUUAUUUCCACCUGUUAUAAUCUGUGACAUUACGGGCAUGAAAAGAAAAUUUCUGGCUCUCAAGAAGGUUGGGGCAGUGGAUAAAGAGUUUGGUAAAAUGCUUCUGAAAUACCCUUGGAUUCUUUCAACAGCAAUCCAAGAUAAUUACAAGGAGAUUGUUUCUUUCUUUGAUAUGGAGAAGGUAGACAAAUCAUGUGUUGACAAAGCAAUAAGAAGCUGGCCUCAGAUAUUAGGCUGUUCAACUAGCAAGCUUAAGGUGAUGGUGGAACAGUUUGGUGAGUUGGGCAUUAGAAACAAUAAGUUGGGUCAGGUUAUUUCCAGGAGUCCUCAAUUACUACUGAGAAAACCCCAAGAAUUUCUCCAGGUGGUUUUGUUUUUGGAAGAUCUCGGAUUUGAUUGGGAAACUGUGGGGCAGGUAGCCAGUCGCUGUCCUGAGAUUUUUGCGGCAAGCAUUGAGAAAACUCUAAAGAAGAAGAUUGAAUUCCUAGCUCAAAUUGGUGUUUCUAAAGACCAUCUUCCUCGGGUUAUUAAAAAGUACCCUGAGCUUCUUGUCUCUGACAUCAACAAAACUAUACUUCCUCGGAUGAAAUACUUAAAGGAGGUCGGACUCUCAAAGAAGGAUAUUGCAUUCAUGGUCCGCAGGUUCUCUCCUUUGCUAGGGUACAGCAUAGAUGAGGUUUUGAGACCAAAGUAUGAAUUCCUAGUGAACACCAUGAAAAAACCAGUAGAAGAUGUAGUGGGUUACCCGCGGUAUUUUAGUUACUCGUUGGAGAAGAAGAUAAAGCCCAGAUUUUGGUUGCUAAAGGGAAGGAAUAUUGAAUGUAGCUUAAAAGACAUGCUCGCCAAAAAUGAUGAGGAAUUCGCUGCCGAUUUUAUGGAUUGUGGAGGGAUGCCUGUUCCCCUUUCCUCAACACAUCACUGA